GAAUGACUUCUUUAGGAUUAUUCCUACUGGUUGGAUUCAUGCCGUUUAUACGCCAGAAGAUGCUAUUGUCAUUGGAGGCAACUUUCUCCAUGGUCUCAAUAUACCCGUCCAGCUGCGGAUAGAUGAGAUUGAAAAGGCGACCAAUGUUCCAUCCAAAUUUCGCUUCCCUUUCUUCAAGACGUUGAACUGGUACGCUGCUGCUAAAUAUUGUGAGAUUUUAAAAGAUUUAACUUAGAACGACCGGUUCAGUUGUCGCUAAACGAACUGCAGGGGAUCUUGAAACUUGCUCACUGGCUCGGAAAUGAUAUAGCUAAAAUCACGAAUACGGAUAGCCAAUCCUCGGCGGAAGAACGCAAAUCCUUACGAGCCAUGAUUCCACUGCCUUUCGAGAAAGCGCGCGAUUUACCGGUGCAUCUUAUUACCAGCAUUGACACCAUCAUCACCGAGAAAUAUCCACCCACACCUGCGGCAAAACCGGAAGUGGAACCUCCGACAAAAACUACAUUGAAGGUGAAAUUGAAAGUAGGCAGUAACAAAAGCACGGAACCUCAAGAGAAACAAAAACUGGUGAAUACCAAGAAAACAGACCAUCCAAAGAUUACACUCAAACUGAGCGCCAAGAAGGUCGAAGAGGAUCGUAUAAGCGAUGAUGAAUAUGUCGCCGAAGAGGCAGACGCGGAUGAAUAUAUGGAGGAUGACGAUGCCAUUGACGCGGUAGAGGAUAUACCGUUGGACAGUGAUGACGAUGAUUAUGAAGAAGCGAAACCAUCCGCAUCUCGGAAAAGAAGAAAUAAUCGAAAACCCGCUUCAAGAAGCCGCGUAAAGGAAACCUAUACGGCACCUGCAUACGAUUCUGCGAGUAGCAGUGAAGAUGACCUGGGUACGUCCAAGAAGAUCAAACGAACGCCGUCAAGGCCGUCCUUAUCCAGCCUUGCCGCAAGUAAAAAGGCCACGAGUACGACGGCCAGACAGCGCUUGUUAGAACGCAUCCAGAAUUUUAGAAAAUAAAAAAGCAACUAUAUUCACAUGGCAUUGCUUAUUUGAAACGUCGAACAGCCUAUCAACGGCUAGCCCCAUAUUGGCUGUUGGUGGACUUGCAAUAGGGGGUAAUCUGAAGCUACGAUGUCAGAUAACGGAUCCAUUUUAUAAAAUAAAUGUAUCGUGUCUUGAAGAAAAGUACAUGGUAAUG